UAAACGAAAUUACUGAUAAAUUUUAUUGAGCCACUUUUGAGUUUUUGACAAAAUAAUGUAAGAUAGUAAAUUACCAAAAUGCCAGUUGGCACUUGACAGUCGGCAGUAAGCCCAGUAAGGCACUAAGCUAAGCUACUAAGCUAGUAAGCUGACUAAGCAGUAAGCGGUAAACUCACGCCUCGCCGUGAAGCAGUUUUCAUUGUUUUCGACCGUCAUUCGCGUCUUUCCCCUUCUGUUAUCGUGACCACGACUCACCAGUUUGUUGCAAGUCGUCGUCGACUACAAAAACUCUAGUCGGCAGUCGGUACUGUUUACUGUUUGCUGUCACGUUGAAAUUCUUCGUUGUUGACGUCAUCCCCACACGGGAGAUGCGUAAACAAUUUAUGCUUUCCACAGUAUCAAUACAAUAUAAUAUUCUUUAACAUUCAUUAUUGCUAACCGUCCGUUGGUUUUUUUCUUCCACUCAUUAUUAUUUCAAUAGACUUAUAAUCUGCUAUGACGAUGAAUCAUCGUUCCGACACUCAGCCUCUGUUCGUYCCUUGUGUAACUGUUAAAACUCGCACUCUGUUUUUACGCCAAUAAUACAACAUUCMCAACGAGAAGAUCGAUCCGUUUUUCCACGCAGAUUCAACACUCUUAAACUCUUUGWAAACCAUAAAUCUACUUCACGAAAUUCUCAUCAAACAAUGGCUUUGGAACCGGAAGAACACUUCAAGACGCCCGAAUGGGUUUCGAGGCUGGAGAAUAAACACAAAAAAUUUCAUAAACUAGCUCAUGAAGUUGGAUCUGGUUCAAGUUGUUUAAAAUGUGGAGAUGCUUGCCCUGGCUUGGAUUUACAUUUUUGGCGAAAAGUGUGUAGGAAUUGUAAAUGUAAAAGAGAAGAACAUAAUAUUGUAGAUGAAGAUCAAUAUAAACAAUUAGAUAUUUUGUUUAACGAUUCAAAAUCAAAUUACCAACCAAUAAAAGCAGUGUUGAAUAUGAUUAUUAAGCCUGAUGAUCAAUUCGCCAAAAAACGAGAAACUGAUCAAAAUCAAAAUCAAAAUGAAUUUAAAUUUGAUUGGGUCCCACCAAAUGUUCAUAAAGAUCUAGCUUCAGAAUACAUGCAGUUGUUACCAUCUGACAAACUACCUAUUAGUGGUAGUGAAGGAGCUUUUUACAGACGCAAACAGCUUGAAAAACAAGUUCCUUUACAUGAUUUUAAUGCAAAUGCAUGUCAUGAUCUUACCAUUGAAGAAGCUGAUGCUAUGGGUUCAUAUUUAAAAAAUUUAAAGGAGAAUGCUGUUGGUCAAGGCUUGGUCAAAAAACUUACUGAUAACACUAAUAAUCCAAUUCCAUUGUUUAAAAAUAUGAAUCUUACACCCAAACCAUUUAAAAAAACUUAUGACCAACAAGUUGAAGAAGAAUUUCCUCCUCCUCCUCCAGAACUUUUGUAUCCGCUGUCCAACUCUGAAUUAAAGACACCAAGUACAUUUAUUGGAAACAAAAGCUAUUCUGCAACUAACAAACCAGACGUCAAUAUCUUAGACACUGUUAAUAACAAUCCAGCUGAAUGCAACAGGCAAAUUAUUUCUUCACAAUGGCCAACAUCAAAYAUUGCUAAAUCAGAAACUUUACCCCAACAACAGACAAAUUUCUCUUCAAACAUUCAGAAUGAUAAUUUCACACCUAAAUUACAUGAUAAACAUACUAGUGAAACAUUAAAAAAUCCACUUUUGGAACGUUCAAAUGAAUUCCCAACAUUUAAUGCUGAUAAAUGUAUACUAUCAGAUGGACAAGAGUUGCGUUGUAAGCAAUGUAAUAAGAAUGUAAUACCAGGUCAAGUAGCUGUAAUGGCUGAACGCACUGGAAAGGAAGUGUUUUGGCAUCCAUCCUGUUUUGUUUGUGCUACAUGCGAGGAACUAUUGGUUGAUCUAGUAUACUUUUACUUCAAUGGGAAUGUUUAUUGUGGUAGACAUUAUGCUGAAAUCUUAAAUAUACCUAGAUGUAAUGCUUGUGAUGAGUUAAUAUUUUUGAAAGAGUACACAAUUGCCGAGGAACAUACCUAUCAUGUUCGUCAUUUUUGUUGUUUUGAAUGUGACAAACCAUUAGCUGGAUUAGAAUAUGUGUCAAUUGAAAAACAACCCGUAUGUUUGGAUUGUUAUCAAACAAAAUAUGGAAARAAAUGUGAAACCUGUCAAAAUAUUAUAGUAGCUGGUGAAAAUAGGAUUGGUUGGCAAGAGUUGAGUUGGCAUGAGUCUCCAGCAUGUUUUAAGUGUUAUCAGUGUUACACGUCGCUUUUAGGUAAAAAGUUCACGGUUAAAAAAGAAAAGCGUCCGUUGUGUAGCAAAGAAUGUGUAAUAGCUUUUAACAAUUCUACAGAACUUUAAUAUUGCUCUUUGUAAUCACAAGGAGAUUCAUCAAGUAUUUCUGAUCUUUAGUGAUGGAAUAGUAAUAACACUAUUAUUUUACCACUAAAUAACCAUUAUGCUUAAUGAAUCAUCUUGUGUAAAUUUAAAUAUUAAUACUUCUAAUGACAUUUUUUCAAAUGUUUUUAUUAAAUUUAAAAGACAAUACAAAU